GGCUAAAGAAAACCUGAGAAACGCAAGGAAAGAAGCGCGGAAAGGGCAGGAACGGAGAAGGAAGCAAAGCAAUUCACAGUGGUUGCUACACGCACUGGAUUGAGCGAGUGAAUCUACAGUGAUGGACCCGCUUGAACAUCUCGUUGCGCAAAUUGUAGGACUCUCAGACGCUGACAUCCCUCGUCUUCUCGGUAUCUUGAAGGCUUCAGAUGACUUGCUUCGCACUGACUCGAUUCAUUGGUCUUCUAUUCUGAGCCAACUUGACCCCUCCAAGCACUCUCUUGGUUUUCUGUAUAUACUAGAGGCAUCUACAGCUGGUCCAAUUACAAAAGAGCAAGCAGAGACAGUAGUUCCAAUUAUCACCAGCUUUAUUGAUGCUUGCGCAGCAGAACAAAUUCGGUCCAUACCUGAUAAGUUCAUAUCUCUAUGCAAGAGGUUCAAGGAUCAAGUGAUGCUGCUUCAAACACCCAUACGGGGGGUGGCUCCUAUGCUGACUGCUCUUAAGAAACUUCAGACCUCUACUGAACACUUGACUCCUCUGCAUCCAGAGUUUCUUAUGCUUUGCUUGUUGGCAAAGUGCUAUAAAACUGGUCUAUCAGUAUUAGAGGAUGAUAUUUUUGAAGUAGACCAGCCAAAAGACCUCUUUCUCUACUGUUAUUAUGGAGGUAUGAUAUGCAUUGGACAGAAGCACUUUCAAAAGGCAUUGGAGCUUUUGCAUAAUGUUGUAACUGCUCCAAUGUCUACAAUAAAUGCUAUAGCUGUUGAAGCUUACAAGAAGUAUUUAUUGGUUUCUCUCAUUUGCCAUGGACAGUUCUCUACCAGUCUUCCUAAGUAUGCUUCUUCUGUAGCUCAGAGAAACCUAAAGAACCUCUGUCAGCCUUACAUUGAACUGGCAAAUGCUUACGGGACUGGAAAAAUUGCAGAGUUAGAGACUUAUAUCCAGUCAAAUGCCGAGAAGUUUGAAUCUGACAACAACCUCGGCCUGGUUAAGCAGGUUGUAUCAUCCAUGUAUAAGCGAAAUAUUCAGAGAUUGACUCAGACAUACUUGACACUUUCUCUACAAGAUAUAGCCAACACAGUGCAGUUAAAUAGCUCAAAAGAGGCUGAGAUGCAUGUGCUACAAAUGAUUCAGGAUGGUGAGAUAUAUGCAACAAUCAACCAGAAGGAUGGAAUGGUCAGAUUCUUAGAGGAUCCUGAGCAGUAUAAAACAUGUGAGAUGAUUGAGCAUAUUGAUUCAUCAAUCCAGAGGAUAAUGGCACUGUCAAGGAAGCUAACAGCGAUGGAUGAACGAAUUUCAUGCGAUCAGGUUUAUCUGUCCAAGGUUGGGCGAGAGCGACAGAGAUAUGACAUGGAUGACUUUGAUACGGUUCCAACGAAAUUCAACAUUUAAUGCAAAGCUUCCUUGUUUUUUUUAUACAAGGCUUUAAAAUGAUGCAAUUGAUGCCCAUUAUUAUGAUAUGUGAGUAAGGAAGUGGAUUUUCUAUUCUCUGGCUGUGAAAUGUAAAGAGUGUAUGUGGUUUAUACCUAGUUUAUUCGUGAAUAGUCUGGGAUAGUGUGUUAAAUUUCUUUACUUGUUGAAUCUCUGCAGUUUUGUUUACUUCA